AUGCACCACGUUGUCCAACCGCACCAAUGGGUGUCUCUGAAGUUGCUUUCAGAAGAUACGAAGGUGCUGCAGAUUGUACCCAAUACCACGAUUUCACUGGGUAAACUCGGCUCGUUCCCUAGCAACCUCAUCAUUGAGCGCCCAUUUCACAUCACCUACGAGAUCCAAGAUAGACGGGAUGGCGAGAACUUUAACAGACUGCGAGUCGUCUCUACGAGCGAGAUUCACGCCGACGCCCUGGCCGACUUGAACGCCCAGAACGCCGAGGAGGAGGGCACCACUCUUGAGAAUGUCAUUGCCGCCCCCGAUGGCGCAGAGUUUGAACUGGUCGAUCAGGAAAGCGGCAACGUAGUUGCCCACUCGCGACGUGAGAUUAUCGACGACGCCGCCCGCCAGACCUUGACCGCCGAGGAGAUUGAGCAGCUAAAGCAGGGCAACACAGACGCCGGCAAGGAGAUCAUCGCGAAGCUACUGCUGUCGCAUACCGCCAUUGACCAGAAGACGGCCUUCUCUCUCGCCAAGUACAAGUUGCUCAAGACCAAGAAGUAUAUUCGACGGUUCAUGAUACAACCACUUGACCCUCUGACGCUAGGCAAGUGGCUCUUGGAAGAGAAGGAUGCGGGAAAGGUGCUGGAGAUGCGGGAGGAGAUGAUGGGGCUCUUGAACUCCUGGGCCAACGUCCACUUCGGCGGCGUAUCUCUCACGGACAAGCCCGAGACCGUGACGAUUGAUGGGUCUGGCAUGUUGGACAAAUCCGAGAUUGGAGGUCGGUGGCUUGUGGUGGAGGACACAGGAGGUCUCGUUACCGCCGCCAUGGCCGAGAGGAUGGGCAUACUAUACCCCAAGGACCCCGAAGAGGUCCAAGAAGUGGAGGAUGCUACAGAUGUUGGCAAGGAAGAAGCCAAUGGAGUCAAGCCAGCAGAGAACACCACCGUCACCAUUGACGUCGCCGCGACAGAACAGACACAGGAGACAAGCACAGAGACUGCAGUACAAGACCCAACAACAACAACAAUGCCCGAGGAGGCCACAGCUGAUGCCACAAUGACAAAUGAUGGCGAGACGACAAAGCCGCAGCAACCCCGACGAAGACACCCGCCCCGUCGCGACGACUUUGAAGCCAUGUUUGCCCCUACCAACACCUUGACGCUCAUCCACCCCAACAGCCAGCCAAACCUCGCCCUCCUCAAAUACUACAACUUUGACAGCACAAAUCCAAACCCGCCUUACCCGCUUCAUCCCCUCGCUACCAACCUAUUGCCCAUUUCAUGGCUGCAGCUUUUGGAGCCCGAGGAGGAUGUCACAUAUUCAACACCGCCCCCCGAGGUCUCGGACGAGGAGCUGCACUCAUGGAAGGCUAACCGGCGUGGUAACUACCACCGGAAGCGAAGACGUUGGGCGAGAACCCGCUACAUUGUGGACUCGACGCGCGCUGGUGGGUUUUCCGGUCUCGUCAUCGCCAGCACGAUGGACACGGUGUCCAUCCUCCGUCACACCUUGCCACUCCUGGCCGGUGGAGCGCCGAUUGCCGUCUACUCGCAAAGCAUCGAGCCGUUGACGGAACUGGCCGAUUGCUUCAGCAUUGCCCGCCGCGCAGGCUGGUCGUCAAAUCCUCCGGCCGAGGCAGCUGGGAAGUCUGUCCAGGAGUUGGAGCGAUGGGAGGGUUCAGACGAUUUCCCCAUCAACCCGACUCUGCUUUUGGGCGCCAAUGUCCAGACGAGCCGCGCGAAGCGGUGGCAAGUUCUGCCCGGUCGCACACACCCCAUGAUGAUGGGGCGCGGCGGGGCGGAUGGUUACGUUUUUACGGGUUGGAAGGCAGUUCCGGCAGAGGGUAAGGUCGAGGCAAGAGGCAAGUUCAAGAGGAGAAAGGUGGAAGCAUGA